AUGGAGGUUAACAGCGUACAAGCUGCAGAGCUGAAAUCAACGGCAGCCAGGCUGGGCACCUGUGAGAGCCAGGUGAAGGAGCUGAAGUCAAAGACGGAAGCACAAGCGGUGGAUCUGAGAGCCUUGGAGGACAGGGCAAGUUCCACUGAGCUCCAGCUGACGGAACAGAAAACUGUGGUGGAGGAGCUGAAAUCCACAGUGGAGGAGCUGAAGACACAGAAUGCAGACAGACCAAAGGUGGCGUUCUCAGCUGGAUACUCUGAUGCCAGAUAUGUAGGACCCUUCCAGACGGACAUUACAUUGGUCUACACAAAAGUCUUGACAAACAUCGGCAACAACUACAACCCAGCCACAGGGAUCUUCACGGCGCCGGUGAGAGGAGUCUACUACUUCAGAUUCACCACCUUUGGUGCCGGCGUGUCCAUCCGCAUAGGUGCGGUCCUGUAUAGGAACGGACAGCACACAGUCGCUACAUAUGACAUCCAAGGAUCUGUAGAUUCUCACGACGACUCAUCCAAUGCGGCUGUACUCCAGCUGGAGGUGGGAGAUCAGGUCUACGUGCGACUCCCAGCAGGCUACCAGCUCUAUGAUGAUGCGUGGAAUCGUUGCUCCUUCAGCGGCUUCCUGCUCUUCCCCCUGUGA